AGUAGAUAGUGCUGAUCGAACACAGAUGAUCUCGCAACUUUAAAAAACUGAAUUCAAUGUCGAGACUCGUGAAGGUUUAUUUUUCAUGCGUUUUUUUAUUUCAGUGCUCUGGACUUGGGCUAAAUUUUGGUAUGCUGUCAAUAUAUCGUGAUAAAUAAAAAAUACUUCAAAUGGGUUCGACGAGCUCCACCCUGUUAAAAAUCCCAAACGUCGAGGAGUUGAUGCAAGAAACGGGCUUCUCCUCUGCACACAUUAUUCGUCUGUAUGAUCGCUUCAAAGCUCUGGAUAAAGAAGGAAGAGGUCAUCUCUGUCCUCAAGAUUUUGGAGCCAUAAAGGAGUUGGCAAUGAAUCCCAUAGGAGACAGAAUAAUCAGUGCCUUCUUUUCCCCAGGGAAGGAAACGGUGGAUUUCCACACUUUUGUAAGGAUCCUGGCCCAUUUCCGACCUGUUGACAAAGAUAGACCCAAAGAGCCCAAUUCUCCGGAACCCGUCAACAGCAGGAGCAACAAACUCAAAUUUGCGUUUCAGUUGUAUGACCAGGACAAGGAUGGCAAGAUUUCCAGAGAUGAGCUUUUAAAGGUUCUCCGGGCAAUGCUGGAGAUGCAGGUGACGGAGGAGCAGCUACUGAGCAUAGCAGACCGCACAAUACAAGAAGCGGAUCUUGACCGGGAUGAUGCCAUAUCUUUUGAGGAGUUUCGUAAGUCUCUGGAGAAGGUCAACAUUGACCAAAAGAUGAGCAUUCGCUUCUUGCGCUAGAGCAUCAUGGGAAAGCUUCUGCACCAACCUCGUUAUUUCCAUCUGUUUCAUCUCCAAGCCUGAGGAAAUACAAGGAAUAUCCAAUACUCAAGGGACAGUAUGAUGGAUUUUGUUUGAUAAACAGGAUUUUAAUGCACUUGGAAUCUCUGCAAUGCACUGUGAUUGCAACAGCAUACUAACAAAUACAUUACAUGUUUGCAUUCUGUGUCUUAAGGAAAUAUUAACUGUACUGAAUUGCACAGAUUUUUUAUUAUUCAUUCUGUUAUAUUCCAAUUAUAAACAACAGUGUAUCUGCAUGGCAGGGGAAAGAGAGAGUGAUGUGAGUGAAUUCAAAUCUCCUCACUAUUUUCAUCAAAUAGUUCAUGACAAUUUACAGCAUUACAAUGUCAUAAAACUACCUAUGUGGAAAAUGGGAUUUGUGUUGUGGUGACAGAAACAUACUG